GUGAUGGGUGAAUGGAAUCGUCAACACAAGAGUUUCAACAUGUCUUCUUCAAGAAUGAAAAUGUCUGACGGAGAUUGGGUCUGUGCAGACGAAAGCUGCGCGAAUGUUAACUUCGCUCGAAGGACUUCAUGCAAUCGGUGUGGAAAGGCCAAAGUUAAAGCCAAAGUAGAUACYAUCAAGUUAAGUGGCAUGAGGGUUGGCAAACAAGGAGCCAAUAAAAGCGGUGGACUGUUCAGUGAAGAGGACUGGAUUUGCUCAAAGUGUGGAAAUGUGAACUGGGCUCGUAGAAAUCAGUGCAACAUGUGUAAUAAUCUCAAGUUUGCUAAAGUAGAAGCAAGAACAGGUUAUGGUGGUGGAUUCAAUGAAAGAGGAACYGUAGAGUAUAAAGAAAGAGUACCUUCUGAUGAUGAUGAUUAUGAUGAGUUUGGGCGUAGGAAGAAAAAGAAGGGUGCAAACCAACAAGAUGAAAAGAAAGAAGAAAAAGUUGUGGAAAUUGAAGACAAGGAAGAUGAAGAUGUUUCAAAAUAUGACUUGGAGGAAGAAGAGGAUGAUGAAGAUGUUGAUCUCUCCAAGUAUGCCCUUGAUGCAUCUGAUGAUGAUGAUGAUGAUGAGACCAACAUACCCAAGAAAAAGGGCCGGUCCAGAUCAAGGUCUUCCUCAAGAUCUAGAUCAUCACGCUCUCCAAAGAGAAGGCGUAGAACUUCUUCAUCAUCAAGUAGUUCAAGGUCUCGUUCAAGAUCCAGAUCCCGUUCUCGCUCAAGAUCAAGAUCAUAUUCAAGAUCACAUUCUAAAUCAAGUUCAUCAUCAUCAAGGUCUUCAUCACGAUCUAGAUCCAGGAGUAGGAGCAGGAGCCACAAGCGAGCUAGAUCUAGGUCAAGGUCUAGGUCACGGUCUCAUUCCAGGUCRCCUAAGAGUAGGAGGUUUGGAUUUGUAGAGAAUGGAUUUCAGCAUCUUACAUUUAUCAAUCUGAUUAAAAAAAUUUUUUUUUUAGUCACCAAACUUACAAUUUAUUUUGUAAUUUUUCAAAGCUUACAUCAGAAUGUUAAAAGUUUAACCUGUGAGUUUCAAAAAAUGAAUCAUAGCAUAGUUAUUAUUGAUCUGCAUGCUGAAUUUUUUGAUACUUCUGUUUGAAAAUUGUUGCAAUGUAUAGUAGUAUUUGUUUUGAGAAAAAAUCUGAAUGCUUUUUUAUAGAUACAUAUAUAUGAGCUACUAGUACUGGCCAUUAUAAAGCUGUUGAUACCAUUACUGCUAUUUCCAUAAACAUGCAAACUCGCUGUGAGUUGCAUGCUGAAAUUUGGUUUUUUCGCUGCCAUCAAUCAAAGCUAAUCAGUCAGUUCCUUUCAUAGUUUUGACUGUUGGCAGUGAAAAACCGAAUUUCAGUGUGCAGCUCACAGCUACAAAGUUUGCAUGUUUAUGAAGAUAGUAGUAAUAGCUACAGAUAAAAAAUAGCUUAGCUAUACUGGUAUUCAGGGUAUGAUCAUUAACAAUGUGGUUUUUUUCAACAGAAAGCACCCAAGAUCAAGAUAGAAUCCCACAUUUGUGUGAGGUCAAGUAAGUUGGGGUGUUGGUUGGAACUUUGCUUUCUGCUAAUACCAAGAUAAGGAGUAAUGUUUAACUUGACAAUAAACUAUUAAUCUUAGUGAUUAAUGAGAAUAAGAAGUUCCUAGCACCAAAUGGUUAUAUUACAAAAAAAACAUUUUACUUUCAUGAGCAGCAAAAGAUUUGAAAAUUAUUGUGAUAAAUAAGAAAAGUAGAAUGCAUUAUUAGUCAGUGUUGAAUAGUUAUUUAGUUGACAUCAACUAAAAUGAAUAAGUAUGUGCCAAACCAACAGCCAUGCAAAUCCAGGGGUUUACAUCACCAGUGAAUGUGUGAAGAGACACAUAAGACAUCAACUAAAAUUGUAAAUAGCUGAUAUGAUUUAGAUGAUUAAGAAAAUAAAUGCAAGAAUUGCUGGACGUUUCGAUGACAUCCUGUAAUCAUUUUCAAYGACAUUAUUUAAUGACAGAUCAAGCAUGAAUUACUGUACAUAUAUAUAAUAUGCYGCUGAACCCAUACUUAAUCAACUGGUUUAUAAAUUUCUUAUAUAAUCGGAAACAGCAAACUAUAUGUAACAAUCAUUUAACAGUUUGGAAAAACAUAAAUAGAGGGACAUUACAAGGAACAGUUAGUGGACCAUAUCUAUUCAGUAUUUUUAUUAAUGAUUUAGAGAUAUUUGAUUCCUCCGGUCCUGAUGAGGAAGUGUUACUCAAAUAUGUAGACAAAGUACUAUUGUAUCUCCUGUUUUCUGUGUUACUGGAAAUCUAACUAAAAAUUCAGUCAGUUAUGUUAAUUCUUUCAUGUUAUGGUCCUCAAAUAAUAGUAUGUCAUGCAAUCCUACUAAGUGCAAAGAAAUAAUUUUUACUAAGAAAGGAAUGGACCAAUUUAGUUUUCAGCCUAUUUCUAAUAUUCCUCAGUGUA